AUGGCUUCCGGACCCAGCAGUAUUCUCAACGUAAUUGCAUUCUCAGAACCAACCAAUGGCGCCGGUCAUGUAGCCAAAUCCUCCCUUGCAACCGAGCCUGUGAAGGAUAUCGAGCCUACACCAAGUUCAAAUUUUGAUGAAGCAAAGCAUACCAGUGAGACUACGUCUGCCCAACAAAUCUCCGAUACUGCGAAUGCUGUUCCCAAGGAAUCCGCUGGCGAGCCGAGAGUAGGCAACAAGCGAGCGUAUGAGCCGACUUCUCCGCCAGUGGACGCAGAUAGAACUGGCACCGAGAAGGCUACAGAACCUGCGCCCAAGAGGCAGAACACCGAUGCAGAGGAUGCCAGAGCACCGCAUGGACCAUCGGCUCCUACAGCCGCGAAGAACACUAAAAGAGGCCAAGCUACGAACAGGGAUAACAAAAAGGGAGGGCGCCCCAAGAAAGCGAAAGCCACUGUCAAAAGAGACCUCCCCACAGAUGGUAUUGGUAGCCGAACACGCAGUCGCACUAAGAUUGCUUCUUGA